AUGGCACGCAACAAGGCUUUAAAACCAGCACAAGCUUCUGAGACUGAUACAAUUAGCAAAGUCACCACUGGCGGUGAGAACUCGUCAGCUAGUUUUGAUCGUCGCUACAACGAUCGAGUACUACCUCUUGCUACAAUCCGUGGCAUUGUCAAUUUUGUAGAAACUCUCAAACUACGUUACGACAUGAAGAUUGACAGAAAGUUGCAGAGAAAAUUGGCAAGAGCUGAAAAAGCCGCUGCUAAUGUUCAAUAUUCCCCCUCAUCGGAGAUUAUGGAUGAGUUUUUGGCUGACGACCACGAAAAGCCCACCCUAUGGGACCUCACUUUCCUUGCUGGCAAGAAAUCAGAAAGCAUGGAAGCUGCGUACGCCUCUUCAUCCUGCACAAGUAUGUUUAUAUCUCCUUUUGUUUAGCCCCUCGUGUACUGUGCUAAUGUAUUUGUAUUAGUCUCCUCCGCAACCAUCAUUGGCGAUCCUCCAGCUGGAGAUAGUCACGUUGAAUUGAGCACCACAGCAGAGGUGAAGAAGAAAGAUGACACACCAACCAUUCCCAUCUUCAAUGAGCUUGAAUGGACCCAAGAGGCUAUUGAUAAGAGAAUUGCACUAUCUGUUUCAAAGACACCAGAGGAGAGCCGCAGACACUUGAAAUACUGGUUGCACGUUGUAAACACUGUUCUAGAGGACUCUAGUGAUGAAGAGGAUGACGAGACUGAUGUUUGAUGCUGACAAGGCGGGUGUUAUUGAUGGUAUGUUAACGAUGUAUUUCUUAUACUUUAUUAGAAAGUGAAGAUCUUUACUGACUUAUAUAUUAACUAGACUGAUUUUCAUACUGAUCACACCUUCAAUCAUCAUUUCUAUGGUCGCUCAACGUUACUGAGUUUAUGUUCAUUCACUUUAUGGUCUGUAAAGCCUCCAUCUGUUCCCAACUGCUUCAGACACAAUCAGCUGACAAAACCCCUUAACAGACUUUCGCCAAUUUUCCUCCAAACUGAAUACUAGCCAAAGUACGACUGGAUACACUGUUGGAUGUUGAAGAUUUGGGUUCCAAAGAAGUUUGAAAUCGGUUGUUAUUAUACCACGGUCAUUAUUCUGGCAAAGGUAACUUGUCCUCAGGGUCUCAUGGGCAAGUAUAGUAAAGUCGCAGAUAGACUUGUAGGUUUAUAA